UUGGUAGCUCGGUUGUUAAGAACACUUAGUUGAGCGGGAAGUACAGGUGUAAGAGAAGUGAGUGUUCCUUCAUUCUCGAACAUCACGAUGAAAAACAUCUUAAUAGCUGUAAUCCUGGCUCUACAAGGAUUUCUAUCGGUCAAGGUCUACGGUUUCCAAUUCAAUUUGCUCAAGACCAGUGAUUGGCAGUACCCUGGACGAUGCCUGGACUUGUCGCUCCAGAUGACACUAACAUCGGAUACUCCUAUCAAAAUCAGUGUCAAGUCGCCGUUCAAUCAAUCUGCUGCUUUCCUGAAGAUCAAAGAAACAACCUUGAAAUCAUCGACUUGUGGUCAGUUUACUGGGAGUUCUAACGCUGUGUUGGGUUCAAGAGUCAAUAACCCUGAUAUCAAUGAUGAAGCUACUAUUGACCUUGGGAACGUUGCUGUACCAAGUACAUGUGAUAUGGCUAUUGGGGUCAAGUUUCAGUUACUAGAUCAUCCCAGUUUCACUCAUGGUCAGUCAGUAUGGGUUAGUAUCGGUACAGAGUAUGCUAACCAGUCCAUCUUCGCAGCCCAGCAGGCCAUACGUACCAUGAACAUCGCUGUACCACAGCCUGUCCUCCAUGUCAGUGUGUCAUCUCCAGGUGCUGAUGUGAUGGAUGCCGGGUCUCCAAUGAUCCUGCAAGUGAGAGCCUAUCACGACUGCGCAAAGACAUCCGCUCACGUGGAAAAAUCAAGAAUCAUUAUCGAACCUCCAAAGAACGUACAGUAUUCGUCAUUCCAGAAAAACACGGGAUCCGUUGAUGUCACCAAAACUGCUUCAUCAGGCUCGGAGCUCAUCUUUGAGACUGGCGCAAUAAACUUUACACAGGAGAUCAAUUUUAACCUGACAGUCACGCUGGACACUUCUCAGCCAAAAACAGGACGAGAACUGCAGUACGUGACAUUCUAUGUUGAUGUAUCUGCAAAUGGAUCUUCUCCACUCUGUACCAGCCCCAACAAGGAAUUCAGUGAAACCAGCUCCUUGACAACCACAAGCGUCAUCUACAGACCUUUUUCUACCUGUGAUAGUGCUAUUGGCCUUACUGGUGGCGCAUUUUCUGCUUCAUCAUAUUCUGCUGGCAACGAACCACACCACGCCAAACUCAAUGGCCCUGGAGCGUGGAAGCCAAGCAACGCUUUCAAGAAAGAUCGCAGACAGUACUUGCAGGCCAAUUUUACUUCAAGGCUCCAAAUUCGCCGACUCGUGACAAAGGGACUAUGUGACGUGUUUGGUAAUAGCACAGAUGCUUUUGUCAAGGCCUUCAAACUGUACUACAGCGAGAACGGUGCUUUCUGGAAUGCUGUCAAAGAAGGAAGCAAAGUGAAGGUAUUCUCAGCCAACAAGGGGUGCGAGAAGUCAACCAUUGUUCCCUUACCGUUCGAUGUCGAGGCCAAGUACCUUCGUUUGGUUCCUGUGGACUUUGAGAACGAGAUUGCACUGAAGCUGGAGGUCUAUGGUUGUGUUGCUACCUCGUCUGCACCCGCUGUGCCCACAGACAUUCCAAAUCGCUCUCUGAUCCCGCGGCUUAACGACAUCUUCGUCUGCAACACUGGGAUGGACAGGAAAACUGUCGAGUCGAGCUGCCACUACUCAAGCGAUGGCCUGUCAUGGAAAGCUCUUCAUUUCUCCAUCAAGCACAUCUCCCACUACGACCCCACGACUGACAGUCUGUACGGCGUCGGAGGAAGCGAUGGAAAACUCAAAUUUCGCAGCGGUACAGACAUCAACAAGGCGUGGGAUGUGAUAAGCAGCGAAGAAUUCACGUCUAAGAAAGCUGUGAGUGGGGCAGUAAUGGCUGUAUCUGCUGACCACCUUGUUGUGACAGACACCACGACCUCAACUCCCCUGACAGCAGACAGGCUGGCCGCCAACGCUGGAGGAAUCACCUGGGGAUGGACUGCACAUGGAGUGCAUUCUUCAAAUGAUGGCGGAACAAACUGGAACCAGAGAGUCUCUUGGUCUUGCAAAGAUUUGGCUCCAUAGUCCAAUCCAAGCUCCAAUCCAAGUCCUAUCUACACCACGACUGAACAUUAAUAUUAUAAGAUUCUGCGAGACAGCGGAAUGCUGCAUGAAAAUACACUUUGCCGAAAACUCUUACUUAUACUUUAUUAGGUGGGGGAGGGGGAAGGGAAUUAGGUAAGAAAAGUAAAAUCUAUCUUGGUCUGUAACCACUGAGUGAAUAUAACAACAAACAGUAGCCAUGUUGGAGGAUGCACCUUGUACGCCAACAUGGCCACCCAUGUGGCGACGUCAUGUUAAACGUCAUAACCAAGAAUCGAUAGCAAUGCACCAAAGGAACCCCGGACGUUGAGAGAGUUAUUAAAUAGCACAAUUUGCAUCUUGGGAGUUGUAGUACUCUAGUAAGCGUAGCGUGGAUGAAAGUUUUGAACUGUUUCUCUCGAAACUGAAAAUAUUUUUAUUUGUUUCGUCAUUUUAAUUUUAAAACGUUUACCUUUAGAUUUCAUGAAUUUAUAAAAGAUUUGAUAUACACUGUGUGGUUACCAUUGGUUACCAUUAUUAUUUCCUAGACCCAACUUGACGCGGCCUCGUUAACAGGCCUGGAACCCUAGCACUAGUAGCUGUAGGAUAGAUAAAAGGUCACGUAGAAUAGUGUGUUUCAUUGGGUCAAGGUUACAAAUCUAGCACAUGUUGAAUAAGUGCACAAACUGAAUUAAUUCUCUAAGGAUGGUCUAUAAACCUCCUCUGCUUGGGCGCAUUUUUUUUUCCAUUUCAGACCAAGUGUCAUUCCCUAGAGCAUCAUUUCUUUGUUCAAUGGUUGCGUUCGGUUGCACGUGAGAAGACACAUGAAUAUGGAUACAACUCAACCAAAGAAUCUUGCUUUCAAGGGAAUAACACGUGGUCUGAAAUGGGAAAACAUUACGCCCUAGCCGAGGAGGUCUAUUGAGCUGCACCAUUUAUUGUCCCCUCACCUCCCACUGCGGGGAAAGAAGGAGUAAUUUGCAUAAGCUAGUAGAGUCUAUUCCUGAUAUUGUGUCACUAGCUGGUUUGAAGUUUAUGAAAUACUAGAGAUCCUAGCUGAUUAGAAGUACUAAUAAAAGAAAGUACCCAG